AUGGCGACUGUCUGCGCCGUCAUACUGCUCCUUCUACUGAUCACAGUGCAACAUCUGGUGGCCGCCGACGUAUUCUGUGACAACCUUAAGGUUGUGGCCGCCAUGCUGCCAAAAAACACCUCCUCUUCGCCUCUACGCUUCGCCACCGCCACCUUCGGCCAAGCCCCCGAGGUCGUCUACGCGCUCGCGCUCUGCCGCGGUGAUGUUGUAAACGGUACCACCUGCGCGGAUUGCAUCGCAAGCGGUUUCAACAUACUGCAGAAACUGACGCCACCGCCUCAGCAGUGCGCCUAUCCUGGCGCGUACUACGGCGAGUGUCACCUCGUGUACUCCACCGACAACAUCCUCGGGCUGUCCUACAAUGCUACUGGCGACGACGUGGUAGAGCUCCAACUGUGGAACAUCAUGAACUUCACAAGCGACGCCCGUCUCAUGGCGGGCCUCGUCAAAGAGCUGCUGGUGGAGACGGUGGAGAUGGCAGCCAGCACGACGCCGAGGCGGUUCGCCACCGGCCUCACGUACGGCGGCUCGACGUUCCCCAUAGUGCGCUCUAUGGCGCAGUGCACGCCGGACAUGUCAGCGGGCGACUGUCUGGCUUGCCUACGACAUCUCCUCGCCAAGGUCAACUCCACCAUGGCCCUGCGGAUUGGAGGACAGAUCCAUGUCAUACAUUGUUAUUUCAGGUAUGAGACAUAUGCGUUCUACAAUGGUCCACCUAUGCUGCGCCUCGGGCAGGCACCGGCACCGGAACCAUCUCCGGAUUCGACUCCGUCCAAGAACAAGAGGCGUAUGAACAAGCUGUGGACAAUUCCUAUAGUUGUACUUUCUCUAGCGGCAGCAGGAUUUCUCAGCUUCAUCUGCUUCUCUCGUCGGCUCACAAGUCGAAUAAUAGGUAUUGUGGAUCUUACACGACUAGAGGCCACAAAUUAUUUUUCAGAUGAAAACAAACUUGGAGAAGGUGGCUUUGGCGCUGUCUACAAGGGCCAGCUUCCUGAAGGAUUGGAUAUCGCGGUUAAAAGACUUGCCUCACAUUCAGGACAAGGUUUCAUAGAGUUCAAAAAUGAGGUCCAGCUUAUGGCCAAACUACAACACAUGAAUUUGGUUAGGCUAUUGGGAUGCUGCUCCCAAGAGGAGGAGAAGAUAUUGGUCUAUGAAUACUUGCCAAACAAAAGCCUAGAUUUCAUCAUAUUUGAUCAAAAUGAAAGAGCUUUGCUUCACUGGAACAAACUUGAAGCAAUAAUUGAAGGAAUAUCACAUGGACUUCUUUACCUACAUAAGUACUCCCGGUUACGUGUCAUACAUCGUGAUCUUAAGCCAAGCAAUAUUCUCUUGGACAGUGAAAUGAAUCCAAAAAUUUCAGAUUUUGGACUAGCAAAAAUUUGCAGCUCAAAUAGUACCGAAGGAAACACAAGAAGAGUUGUUGGUACAUAUGGCUACAUGGCUCCCGAGUAUGCUUCCGAGGGUGUAUUCUCCGUUAAAACCGACGUCUUCAGCUUUGGUGUUGUUAUUCUUGAGAUGCUUAGUGGAAAACGGAACUCCGGUAGCCAACAAUCUGGAAAUUUCAUCAAUCUUCUACGAUAUGCAUUUGAACUAUGGGAAGAGGGAAGGUGGAUUGAUAUUAUUGAUUUAUCGAUUGGUCCCGCUGGUCACUCAGCAGAGAUAACAAGGUGCAUAAACACAACAUUGUUGUGUGUACAAGAGAAUGCAGCAGAUCGACCAUCAAUGGCAGAGAUUGUUGCAAUGCUAAGCGGUGAGAGUAUGAUGCUGGCCCAGCCAAAGCAGCCAGCAUAUUUCAAUGUAAGGGUGGUAAAUGAAGAGGCGUCCACUGCUCUUGAAGCAAGCAGUAUUAAUGGUUUGACUAUAUCUGACAUAGUUUCGAGAUAGUGAUGUGCUGUCUGUUUCUUACUGCUCAUAGCAUCAGAUAAUUUGUAAGCUGAAGUUGUAUUCCAACUGUGUGAUUAUGCACUGGUGUUUGUAAGAAGCUUCCUCAGAUAUAUACUAUUG